AUGAAAUCAUGGCCGUUGAUAUUUUCUCUUAUCCCCCAUAGCUUCAUCAUAAUCUACUCUUUCAGCAAAAUGAGCAAAUAAACAGAUCCUCUUUCUCCCAAUCAUCCUUUCUACAAUCUGGUUUUAAUGACGAUGUUGAAGUUUGAUUAAGUGUGCGUCUGAGUUGAAUUGAUUAGGAUUUAAUUGUUUUGGUAUUAGUGUGUUUUUGUCCCUAGGGUUUUGAAGAUUGGUUAGUGAAUUGUGAUGGAAAAUAAGGGUUUGGUAAAUGAGGAUUAUGAUAUGGGGGGUUUGAAUGGAUCAAAGGAUGGUUUGUUUCGAGAGGCGGAAGUUGGUUCUGGUGAUUUGAGGGAGGAAAUGAGUGUAGAUGGAGUGGUUGGGGGAACUGAAUUGGGUAAGUCUGGAGAAGCGGUUGAUGGACAGAAUUGCAGACAGGAAGAUGGGAAUGUUGAUGAGGGUGAUGGUAUGGUGGAUAUUGAUGAUUGUGGUGUUGAUAAGGAAGCGGAUAGAGAUGUGGUGAUGUUGUUGGCUGGUGGUGGGGUUAUGGAUAAUGGAAAAGAUGGUGUGCCCGGGGUGUCUGAUUCAGUUGAUGCAUCUGUAUCAGAGUAUGGAGAUGGGGGGAAUGGGGAUGGUAAUGUGAUUAUUGAGGUUUCGGGAACUGAUUUUACAUUUCCCGACAAUCAGAAAUCAGAUCAAUCUGUGAUUUCAGAGUCUUCCAGUGAGCAGGAACCACAGGUGCAUAGAGAGUUCGGGGAGCUAAAUGGUAGUGGUGAAAGGGAAGGUGCUCAUCGGCAGAUUUCUGGUUCCACGGAAGAAAGCAUUUGCGAAACUGAUAAGAUUUUGAAGAUAAAUGUAGUUCAUGGUACUUCCAGUGCUGAUCCUCAAGAUGACAAGAGUGAGGGUUUAAAUGAUGUUUUAGGUCGAUCUCAGUGUGACGAGAAAGCGGAAGAAAAGUUAGCUGAUGUGAGUACUGGAGAUGGUAUAGAAUUGGAUGAUGAAAGUGCUGUAGAACUGCCCAGUGUAGCACUUCCGAAGUGGCAAAAUGGUGUUUCAUUUUCCAAAGUUUUGAAUUCAAAUGGUUUUGAGGGAGGCGGACAUGAUCAUCAGUUGCAAGAGGCUGAUUCCUUGCUUGAUCAAAAUGAAAAAAGUUUAGAGCUAAACACAAAUACUGCUACAAUUACAAACACGCACCAAGAUGAUAACAAUGUGGAUCCGGAAGACAAUUCAGCUAGAUUACAUUCUGGUCAACAGGCAGAUAAAGAUGAAACACCAUGUAAUGAGCUGCAUAAUCUGGAAAUGGAAGUGAUAAGCGAUAGAUCCAGUGGCCUGGAAGAUAAAAUGAUUGCUGGAAUAGGUGCAGAUGACAAGGUUCCGGCGGAAGAGUUAGUGGUCAGUCUAAAUUUGAAGCAAAAUGAGGGAACUUCUGUGUUGGAUGAUAAUAUAUGUACUUCCGUGGAAGAAAGUUCAGAUGUAUUAGAGGUUGAUAUCACACCAACCACUGAAGUCUCGUUAAAGGAGGAUGAGAAAACUGAAGGUGCUGCUUCUCAUGUUGAGCAAAGUUUGAAUCGUUCUGUUACUUAUCAGACGAGUUUAAGUGCUGAAAAAUCAAAAUCUGUUGAUGGUGGAAUUGCAGGGGAAGCAUUAAACACUGAGCAGCGGAAGCAGACUAUUGGAGACACUAAAGUACCAGAGACCAGACCAGCGGCUACGCCUUCCCCUGCGGGUCUCGGCCGUGCUGCUCCAUUAUUAGAACCAUCUUCUAGAGUAGUUUCACAGACACGUGUAAAUGGAACAAGCUCUCAUAUGCACAACCAAGUUACUGAAGAAUCAGCAAAUGGAGAUGUCGAGGAAAAUGACGAGACAAGGGAAAAACUUCAAAUGAUUCGUGUCAAAUUUCUACGCCUUGCACAUAGACUGGGGCAGACUCCACAUAAUGUUGUAGUUGCUCAGGUAUUAUACAGAUUAGGAUUAGCGGAGCAGCUGCGAGGAGGAAAUGGGGGUCGUGGUGCCACAUUUAGCUUUGAUCGUGCGAGUGCAAUGGCAGAGCAGUUGGAAUCAACGGGGCAAGAACCAUUAGAUUUCUCGUGCACUAUCAUGGUUUUGGGAAAGACUGGGGUUGGUAAAAGCGCAACUAUCAAUUCCAUAUUCGAUCAGGUGAUGUUUAACACUGAUCCCUUUAAGUUGGGAACAAAGAAAGUUCAAGAUGUUGUUGGUACUGUGCAGGGAAUUAAGGUACGGGUCAUUGAUACUCCAGGGCUUUUGCCUUCUUGGUCAGAUCAACAUCGCAAUGAGAAAAUACUUGAGUCGGUCCGCCGGUUUAUAAAAAAAUCACCACCAGAUAUUGUUCUGUAUCUUGAUAGGUUGGACAUGCAGAGCAGGGAUUCUGGUGACAUGCCGUUAUUGCGUACAAUCACAGAUACAUUUGGUCCGUCAAUAUGGUUUAAUGCCAUUGUUGUUUUAACACAUGCUGCAUCAGCUCCUCCAGAGGGUCCAAACGGUGUUCCUACCGGUUAUGAUAUGUUUCUCACUCAGCGUUCUCAUGUUGUUCAGCAAGCAAUUCGUCAUGCUGCUGGGGAUAUGAGGCUCAUGAACCCUGUCUCCUUGGUAGAGAAUCAUUCUGCAUGCAGAACAAACAGAGCAGGCCAGAGAGUAUUGCCUAAUGGUCAGGUGUGGAAGCCUCAUUUGUUAUUGCUCUCCUUUGCAUCAAAAAUUUUGGCAGAGGCAAAUACACUUCUGAAGUUGCAGGAUGGUCCACCUGGAAAGUCUUUUCCUACUCGAGCUAGAGCUCCACCUUUGCCAUUUCUUUUGACAUCUCUUCUCCGAUCAAGACCACAAUUAAAGCUGCCGCAUGAGCAAUAUGAUGAUGAUGAUACUCUUGAUGAUGAUCUUGAUGAGUCAAUUAACUCAGAUGAUGAAUCGGAGUUUGAUAAAUUGCCUCCAUUUACAAAUCUUACUAGAGCCCAGCUGGCUGAACUUUCAAAGUCGCAAAGGAAGGCUUACUAUGAUGAACUAGAAUACAGGGAAAAACUUUUCAUGAAGAAACAAUUAAGAGAAGAGAAACAGAGGAGGAGAAUGAUGAAAAAAAUGGCAGCGGCGACUAAUGAUAUGCCUACUGAUUACAGUGAUGGAUUAGAAGAUUCUGGCGGUGAAACAUCUGUGCCAGUUCCCAUGGCUGAUUUGCCCUUGCCUGCUUCGUUUGAUUCUGAUAAUCCCACCCACCGGUAUCGUUCUCUUGAUUCUAUGAACCAGUGGUUUGUAAGGCCUGUUCAUGAUAGUCAUAGUUGGGACCAUGAUGUUGGAUAUGAAGGGGUAAAUAUGGAAAGGGCAUUUGCGAUCAGAAACAAGGUUCCUAUGUCUUUUUCCGGACAGGUAACAAAGGAUAAGAAGGAGGCUCAUUUUCAGAUGGAAGUAGCAGGUUCUGUUAAACACAGAGACGGGAAAUCAACUACCUUAGGCUUUGAUAUGCAGCAGAUUGGGAAGGACAUUGCUUGUACUCUACGCACUGAUACAAAAUUUAGUAAUUUCAAGCGUAAUAAGGCGACAGCUAGUCUUUCAGUGACUCAUAUGGGCGAUGGUGUAACUGCUGGAGUGAAAUUUGAGGACAAAUUAAUUGUCACCAAGCGAGCGGAAGUUGUCAUGUCUGGUGGUGCCAUUGCUGGAAGUGGUGAUAUUGCCUAUGGCGGUAGUAUGGAAGCCACUUUAAGAGAUAAGGAUUUUCCCCUUGGCCGAUUUUUAACAACUAUGAGCGUCUCCCUGAUGGAUUGGCAUGGAGAUCUAGCCACUGGGUGGAAUGCUCAAACACAGAUCCCAAUUGGACGGUCAACCAACUUGAUUGGUAGCGUAAAUUUCAAUAACAGGGGUCAGGGGCAAAUAAGUAUCCGGUUAAACAGUUCUGAGCACCUUCAGAUUGCCUUGGUUGCACUUGUUCCCCUUUUCAGAAAGUUACUUGGUUAUUCUCAGCAGUUGCAGUUUGAAUAUUGAUGGAUGAGAAAUAUUGGCAAAUGCGGCAGCAUGUGUUAAUAGAGAAUAACUACCAAAAUGACUAUCUCUUGGUUAUUCCUGUGAGUAUGAAUUUGCUGCAAAUUUCCUUUUGUAGGUCAAGCAUGUUUUACUUGAUACUCUAUGCAGUUUUUUCACUAGAGUAGAUGGGGUCAGUUUCCCCCCCUUAAGUCGAAUUUUUAUAUUGUUUCCUCUUGAUAAUUCCUAGUCAAAGUAUUAUGAUAGAUUGCAAGUAUUUGUGUUUGUGUACCAAAAGAUAGAAGUGAUUGUUUUAAUAGGCUACACGGCCGCUCAUAAUGUUUUUCUAAUAAUAAUUAAUCUUGCCACUGGGCAUCUUCGUUC